AUGGAGAGGUUAAACACUUUAGAGAAAGAGCAUAAAGAUGCGUUGGAGAGAGCGGUGAGUCUAAAUAUUCCACACGCAGUGUCUGCUGCGGAAGAAGAAGAGGAAGAGCAAGAGGUAUGUAACAAUGCGGAAGCAUCUGAACCAAAGUUGAAGAAGAAGAAUUGGGAUGAAGUUGUGGAGAAGCUUUUUCAUAGAAGCAAUUCCGGAGAAUUCGUUUUUAAUGAGAACGUUGCUCCUGAAAGGUAG